AUGUGGCGUCGCAGCAUACAGAACCUGCUCUCCAGCAUCCCUGCUGCGUUCCAGUGCCGACGUCCGGCUCUCUUUGCUCGUCGGCUGGUAUUUUUGCAAGUGGAUUUGAGGCAGCCGUACACGCCGCAGCCAGAAAGGAAGAGGUUUUACCAGAACGUUAGCAUCUCCCAAGGUGAAGGAGGUUUUGAAAUCAACCUGGACCACCGGAAGCUGAAAACCCCCCAGAACAAGAUCUUCACCGUGCCCAGCAAGACUUUGGCACUGGCGGUGGCGACGGAAUGGGACUUGCAGCAGGACACGGUCAAGUUUUUCACCAUGCACCUGACGACUUUGUGCAACACUGCUCUGGACAACCCGUCGCAGCGCAGCAGAGAGCAGCUCAUCCGGGCGGCCGUGAAGUUCUUGGAGACGGAUACCAUCUGCUACCGGCUGGAAGAGCCGCCUGCUUUGGUGGAAUUGCAGAAAAAUGAAUGGGACCCCCUCGUCGUGUGGGCGGAGAAAAGGUACAACGUAGUCAUUGGCUCUUCAACCAGCAUCCUUGGUCCCAGCAUCCCACAAAGCACCAAAGACACCUUCGCUAGCCACCUGGCGUCGUACAACACCUGGGCUCUGCAUGGCAUAGAGUACAUGAUCACCCAGCUGAAGUCUCUGAUUCUCUCGAUGGGCCUCCUGGACAAACAGCUGACGGUGGAGCAAGCCGUCCUAUUGUCUCGCCUCGAGGAAGAAUACCAGAUCCAACACUGGGGGAGCGUGGAGUGGGCCCACGAUUACGACGUCUAUGACCUGCGUGCUCGCACCGCCGCUGCCACCCUUUUCAUUCACCUGUGUUCGGAGAGUUCCACCGUGAAGCACAAGGUGAUGCAGGACUGA